UGACGCGCGGAGCGGUUUGCGGCGUGCACCACAUUCAAAGCUUGCGACAUGCCGCCGAGGCGCUCAGUUGCGCGCCAACUCUCAUGUGGUCUGUAUUGCCGUAUCGGGUUCUCUCAAGCACGUUCUCUCGGCCCCCCCUGUGUGUAUUCCGAGUGCGAAAGGCGAAAGAACGUAUAGAGAAGCGACAGUCACGCGCGUGGGCGUUAGUAAACCGCGUUGACGCACGGCGACAUUUAAACAGGCAGUUUAACGAGACAACGUCGUCGACAGACGGAACGUGCGGCCGCCGUUCUCGAGGUCUCGGAAUAUAAGUCCGGGGACCAUUAAGUAAGUACUUGGAACAGUGUCAAAAAAUUGCGACGCCGCGCGUUUUCGAGGAAACGAGGUUUGUACGUUUGUUGUACGCGACGGUGACGGUGCGACGACGGUAGAGAGAGAUCCUCCUCGCCUCGAGAGAGGUGUCUUCUCUCCUCAUCUCCCGCCGGCUCGCCACGGACGACGUAGUACGCGCUACGUCGGCCGAAGGAGAGGGAGGUAGCGUACGGACGGACAAGUAGAAGCAGCGAGGCGGACGCUACACACGCGCACCGCCGACCGACGUUUCUACGCACGCACGGACGUAUACAGGUGGUCCUCCUCUGGUGUAAUCGCAAAAAGAGUUCCCAUCUGUGAUGUGCGAGUGAACGAUGGAAUCACCGGUCAUGUACGAUUCAACGGCCCAUCAGGUCCAGGCCCAGGGUGCGGGCGAACUGAAGAAGUCCCAGGUGCUCAACAACAAUACCAGCAAUCAGAACAACAAUGCCGCGACGAACAACAAUUCUACGCUGCAGAUCAAUCACAAUCAUAAUCAGCAGCAGAACAGCGCGGUGAUAAGCAAAGUCUCCGCCAGCAAGGCGACCCUGCAUCAGCAGUACGCCGAGCACUGUGCCGCCGCCGGCGAGCUCACCGAUCUCAACACCCCGGAAAUUUCGCUGGAUCUUCAGAAUCUGAUCGACGACAAUCACUUCAAUGACGGCCUGCUGGACAUGCUCGGCGCUAACAGCGGCGCCGUCAAGCACGUGAGGACGGGCGGCUACCCGCGCACAACGCUCGCCUACAUGCCGCAGCCGGUGCACAGCGGGGCGAGCUAUCAUCAGGGCAGCAACAGCUGCAGCGACAGCAACAGCUCGAGCUCGGAAUCGCCCAGCAUCAAGGAGGAGCCGCUCGACCCGGCGGACUAUCGACGCCACUGUCCGCAAUAUCCGCCCAAUGGUUACAGUCCGGUGACGAACAAUCCGUUCGCCAACGGUGGCCAGACCUUCACCACCCUGACGCCAUCCACGGUGCCCGGCAGUCAUCCGGGCGCGCCGAUUCAUCAGCCGCCGCCACGAGGCGGCCCCAUGAAGGGGCCGGUGAUGGCUCAUCAGCAUCACGCUACCGCCAACGUCGCCAGGAAGACCACCAAGGCCAUCGACAAGGCGAGCGACGAGUACAGACGGCGGCGGGAGAGGAACAACAUCGCCGUGAGGAAGAGCCGCGAGAAGGCGAAGGUGCGGUCGCGCGAGACCGAGGAGAAGGUGAAGCUGCUGGUGAAGGACAACGAUUUGCUGAAGAAGCGGAUCGAACUGCUCACCGAGGAGCUCAACGUGCUCAGAUCGCUCUUCAGCAGCGUCGGCGUGGCACCCGAGCAACUGCAUCGCGAACUCUCCAGGCACCUCGACCAAUUUCAGCAACACGCGGUCGCGCCGAUGUAGCAGCAGCACGCGGACAUCACCGCGCGAUCGUCGUCGUCGUCGUCGUCGUCGUUCGGGACGAUGUCGUCCGACGACGUUGUCGUUGACUCGCGUCCCUGGGCCGUCAGGCUCCUCCGAUUGUGAGACAAAGUCAGUCGCGUCUUCCGUUUCCCCCCGCGCCUCCCCCCCACGACGCCGCGUGCAUCGUCGAGGAAGUCGUCUUUCGUGCUCUCCGUCUCGUACUCUCAACUCGCUCAUUCUUGUACAUUUGUUCUCUCUUUCUCUGCCUCUUUUCUGUCCUCUUUAUAUCUCACUCGUCAUCCUUUAUAUCUCACUCGACAUAGAGUACGCGGAGCGCACGUGCGUGCAUGCGUCGUCGUCGCUCGCUUUCAGAGCCGCGAAAGCGCGAGCGUGGGAGGAAGAAGAGGGGAGUCGCGUAGGAGAGCGAUCGAGUGGAGCGAGCUUUUCAUCGCGAGCUUGCGGCGGUUGGGAAACGCAAUCGACGUUGUUCACGUGCUGGAAAGAGAAGUGCCUCUGCCCGCGGGACGAAUAGCUCUUCGCUCGAGAAAGAAAAUUAAUUUCGGAUACCGAAGGGAUAAAAGGAGGCGAAAGUCGAUAAAUCGUGCAAAAUUAAUCGCAUAACUCGACGACAAAGAAGCGCGCCUCCAUGUUACGAUCUUCCAAAAUAAUAUUGAGAAUCGAUGAAAGACGCGAAGAAAGGAGCAAUGUUUUUCUUCUUCGCUUUCAUUCAUUUUCUUUCGUUGCUGCGUUUUAUUUCUUUUUAAUAUCUUAUUUUCUCUUAUCUCCUCUCCCUUGUAAUUUAUAGAUUACAUAAGUAAGACUGGGUGGUCCACCGAUCUCGGAUGAACGCGCAAAAUCGCAACACGGAGGCGGCCAACAUUUCGGAUAAAUCACAUCUUGAUGAUUCACGCGCAUUCUCACUUUAGUUUGUAUAUUACGUUUCGCAUGUACACGUACCUUCCUACAUGAAACACGGACACGACAGCUAACACACCUGCAAUGCGAAAGACACGUUACACACGGCGCUGUAUUUAGAUUCGGUUCUUAGAUAACAUUAAAUCAAUGAACUUAGACUAUCGCCUUCCCAGUACCUAAAAAAAACAAAAGUACAUACCGAGACACGUCGCAAACACGACAAUCUAUAUCACAUGUGACUCGUAUCAACGAGAGAUGUCGAUAUGAAUAUUUUCAAUAUUCAUCUUUUCUCGCCAAGUUUUCGAUUUCGCGCUCGUGUUUGACGAAGUGCGGCCGAGCAACACAAUACGAGCGCUCAUUCACACUCUCUUGUAUUAUAGCUCUUAUUAAUUUUAUUAUUAUUAUAUUCGAAACGUAUAUGUACAUAAAAGCUAAUAUAUUUUGUUAGAAGAGAAGCAAGAAAGCGUGCGCGCGCGCGCGCGCGUGUGUGUGCGUGUGUGUGUGUGUGCGCGAGAGAAGAGACCGGAGAAUGGUCAAGCAGUAUCGUAUGCAUGCGUGUGUGAUUCUGUUAACAUGUGUAUGCGUGUGUGAUACCGCGCGUACCGCGAAUGCGUCGGGAGAGACGAAUUGUUGUAAUUGCAUAUUUUAUUAGCGGCGAGAUAGGCCGAAGGGGCUGAUAUAAUCAUCAAGAGGCGGAAGAGCCGAAUGAUAUACCUGAUCGUUCUGUAAUAAGCGUACAGUCGUAUGAAGCAGGGCUUCAUCUUCGCGAAGUCGUCGCUCGUAUGUAAAGCAAAUCGUUGCCAGCGAGAAAAGCCAGCAGCAGCAGCGGUAGCCGGUGUGCGCCGUGCAUUCGCCACGGUCGCACAUAUCGUACGCAUACCCGCGCGCGAGCGAUUUAAUUACGCGAAGGAGCGCGACCGCGUGUGUCGGCGUGCAGCGAGUGUGAAUGUGACGUUACGCACGCGUGCCUUGGUGUAUGACUGACGUAUGAUGCUAGGAUACAAGAUUACCUUCAUGGUUGUCUUAUUAUCUACGCAUAAAUAUAUUUUGAUAUGAAACGUA